UGCUAUUCUCGUUUUGACAUUCUCUUCUCGUAAGAGGACUGCCUUCUCCGCGUUGGCAGCCGGACCCCAGUGAGCCAUUGAUGUCAUUUUCGAUCGAUUCAGCAUCAGGAUCGUGCUCGGUCGCGGGCACUGACCUUGUGUCCUUGCUGACAACGACCUCAUGGUGCCUGCUAUUUCAAAAGCUUUACCACCCUCAUCCUGUAGGUCGACUCCUUUGUCGUAAUUUUUUUCCCUUGUCAUUCUGUGUCAGUCCAAGUUCCCCUCAUCAUGUUGGCAUAUCUUAUCACGCUAUCCGCGCUUUUUUUCCAGACAGCAUGGUCCCAAUCUUCUGGUUCUUGUCAGGCUGUCAGUCAACACAUCAGCGUUCCCCCAUACGACAACUACUUCUACUCCAACUGUCACAGCGACACUCAAGUCGUCAUUACCAGUCCUCUGCCGGACUCAAACCUCUCCAUCAUCGGCCCUAGACUCAUAGUCGCAUGGCCUGCCGGCAACAGUGGGAUAUGCACUUUCUUCCAGCCCCAGAACGGUCGAAAUGGCUCGCUUGGCAUCGCACUGGCGAGGCCUCUGAGCCCUGUGUAUAAAAAUGUUACAGGUUCACAGUACCCUUAUGUCGGAGUCGAAGGUGUUCUCUCCUUCAACAGCUCUGCGGUACUUACGAUCCCGAUCUUGGGCAGUGUAAGAACCAUCCGUGACUUCACAGAAGGCCCGAGUCUUCUUCAGCCGAUCAUUCAGGAUGCCAUCAACAUCACUACAACCAAUGGGACCGGUGCGACACUGUCGCGGCUCUGGCUCGACAACGUCACAGUAUCAAGCUUUAGCCUGGUACCACAACAAAACAGUGGCACAAACAUCACGAUUCACCAGCAGAAUAAGACCAUUAGCUUUGGUGCAGGAGACUACACUUUCUCCGCCAGCUUCAACUAUCCGCAACUGACUCAACUCGAACCAGCUCAAGUGCUCAACACGGCCUCCCAGAAUCUCACCCAGCAGAAUGCCACAUCGAGUGAGACUACUUCUCUAUCCUUCCUCUCUUACACGGAGAAACUGCUUGCUGGAGCAUGGAGAUUCUUGACAUACUUUGGUCGAGACAGCACGAUCAGCGCCCUUCUUCUCGAACCCGUAUUGAGCCAAGGCAACGGAUCAGCAACAGAAGCCGUUAUUGGCGCUGUGCUUGAGCGCAUCAACCGCACCGAUGGCUCGGUCUGCCACGAAGAGACCAUCGGCGACUAUGCCACAUACCUCAAUUUGCAAGAUAACAUCACGAGCACCGCACCAGGGUUCACUUACCCAAUGAUCGACACGGACUACUAUCUUCCAGUCCUGAUGGCGCAGUAUUUCAGCAGCAGGCCGGGUCGCAUCAGUGCCUUGCUAAGCCGUCAAGCAGGAUCAAUCGAUGUCCAGAACCGCAACCUGACCUAUGCCAAGUUGACACUCAUCAAUGCCGAAAAGAUCAUGAACCAGACAGCAGCAUUCGCACAGAAGCAAACGGCAGCAAACCUGAUCCAUCUCAAGUCCGACCAAAUCGUCGGCCAAUGGCGCGAUUCGACAUAUGGCAUUGGAGGUGGACGUAUACCUUUCGAUGUGAACACUGCACUCGUCCCUGCUGCCCUCCGUGCCAUCGGCCAACUGGCACGUACAUCAGGAGUGUUUCCCAACAACACGUCAGUCAACGUGACCGCAUGGCGCACACUAGCCGAUUCCCGUGCUACAAUAUGGGAAGAAAACACCCUGCGUUUCUUCGAGACUAAUGUCACGUCUGCCACAGCGAAAUCCCGCCUGCAGCAUUUCGUCGAGACAGCAACAUUCUACGACGGACCGACCAAUGCAUCAUCUCUUCCCGCAUCAGGCAACAUCACCACAUAUGCAAUCUCGCUCCAGGGCUACGACAACUUAUCUUCAGUGGACGUGAUGCACAGCGACACCAGUUUCCGGGUGUUCUUCGUAAACGCCUCGGCUUCAACGCCUGAAGCUCAAGCCCAGGAGACGCGCUUCAUCAACUCUACUGCCAAUAGCCUGAUUCGUUCAUUCCCAGCUGGACUCAUGACGCCGCAGAGCAUGGUUGUCGCCAACCCGGCCAUGUCUGGCUCAGACGUGCUAAUCGCUAAUUUCACCAACGCCGCUUACCACGGAACAGUGAUUUGGUCGUUCCAGCUCGCCAUGAUGGCCAAGGGCGUCGAAAGGCAGCUUGGGCGGUGCAAUUCGACCGGCAGCGUUCCGACAUGGUGCACCAUGCCUUCUGUGUAUAACAACGUUAAGAAGGCGUACAACGUGCUUUGGAAUAGCAUCGAGGCCAACUCCGCGCAGUUGCAGGGCGAAGUGUGGAGUUGGACGUACAGUAACUCGACCGGCUUCGUGACUACACAGCUGGGCGACUUGCCGCCUCCGCCGGGCGUGGGUGCUGGAACGGAGAGCGACGUGAGACAGCUUUGGAGUCUGACGUUUUUGGCGGUCAAGAGGGAUAUGAACUUGUAGGCCGUCACUCGUCAGGGCUCGUGGACUCUUCUAGAGAAACAGCCUGGCCGUCGUAUGGGAGUACGUAAAAGUCACAAGGAAAAUUCCAGUCCUUUAGGCCCUGCAUCCAGUAUCACUUUAUACGAACUACAAUCUAGCCUGCAACUUGUCCGCCGUCUCGCCCAGGGCAUAGUCACUUCUACGGUCCUUACUCCUGACGCUGUCUGCCAAUUCGCGAGUCACACCCUUCGCCUCGAUAGCAGGAUUAUACCCCAGCCCA